ACUACAGGUCCCAGGAAGUAAACAAAACAUUUCGUCGGUCGUCUGCUAACAGAGGGCAAGGAAAUCAAAUCCCGAGACGGGCCACUCUCUAACAAUCGUUUUACCGCUGUAUGUGAGUGACAUGUUGGCGUCUGCAUAAAACAUUUAAGGGAAGGUCAUAAGUUUGUUAGAUGUGACAACGACUUUUGUGAGCUCCUUUGAAUAACGGCGUACCGAUUUCCCGAAAGCGGAGGAAUGGGAAGCAAAUGACCGAGCGGCCAUGACUGGUCCAGAAAUAGAUUUGGCCCCAGAGCCAGGUGAUACCUGUGUUGGAUUAGACGACGUCCCCACGUUUGUCAAUGGCGACGUGGCCGUACCGUGAUCCCGGCUUGGGUUUUUGAACCAAGGAAAGUGAGAGAUAGUCUCCCGUCGCGAUGCCUUCUGCAGGAGGUGCUCAACCGAAGAAGGGCCGGGGUUCGUCCGUCACGGGCCAAUCCUUCAAGUCCUGUCGACCCCCUAUUGAGAAAGGUCGUUGGGCUGCUAAAGGAACCAAACCUUUGCCUGAACAAGCGUCUGUGCAACACGUCCUGAGUCUUAUCCUUGUCCACGGUUGCCGCAAAGUCUUGUUUGUGCAGACGGAAGUUAAAAUAACUCUGUAUUCCAUUGGCUUGUUCUUUGGGUCUCUCAUAUGUGAUUUCUUGCCGCUGCCAAAGGUUUAUAUGGGCAUGAAGGAUAAUGUUUUCAAUGUGUAUUUCGUCAAAGUGGCGUGGGCAUGGAUGAUCCUGGUUGUUGGAGCUUUUAUAUUACUAACAAGUGCAACAAUAGGCUGCGGUCGACGGGAAGUGAUCAAGAGGCACAUGUCCAGACUGCUGAUUGGGACGUGCUUCUGGUAUUUUUGGAGCCAGUGGUUCUUUAGUAUUGUAGAAAACCGAACAGGCUCUUGCCUAGGUAAAGCGAUAAUUAAAGACAAAUACGAAUGCAACGAAAUGGGACAUCAUUGGCACUCGUUUGAUAUUUCAGGCCAUGCAUUCCUGUUGGUUUACAUCAACUUAGUGAUUGUUGAAGAAGCCAAAUUCAUUGUGGGCUGGGAAGGUAUUCGGGAGCAAAUUCGCCUAGAAGACCACAAACGAGCAGAACAAGACAUAGGGGAUAAACAAACUAUUUUAGAGAAUCUCCCAGAGAAGGAGUACUUCAUAAUGAAGAUGAAUUACGAUCAGUUUACUCCAUAUAUCAGAGGGCUGUUCUUCAUCAUGACUCUCAUGAGUGUAUUAAGCGAUGUGAUGCUAACAUGUACAAUUAUAUUUUUCCAUACAAUGCCACAAAAGAUUGCAGGUGGUGCUAUUGCCAUGGCCACAUGGUUUAUUACAUAUAGCAUGCUAUGCAUCUUAGUUGUGUUUAUGAAACCAACUGAAUCUAGCAAACCUCACUGCUAUUUCCACCUUACUAUCUUUUCUUAUAUGGAUUUCACUGUUCUGCCUUCACAAGUGUUGAUUGACAAUAAAUGCAGAGUGUGGUUUAAAUCUGAUGCAUCACCUGGUUUGCCUGGCUGUGGGUUAUUCCAAUACCAGAAUUUGAAAGAGAAAACAAAGGAAGUUCCAAUUAAAAGAAGGGGUUCUCUAUGUAAAGAACACAAAGAUAGUAUGCCAACAUUUAUGGGAAUGCCACUGUAUGGAUUGAAAAAGGAUAAAGAUGAUAAGAGGAAAGAAGGUGACAAGGAAGAUGAUAGGUCAAGUCUUGAAGAUUUUGGAGAACCUUCAGAUUCUCGUUUCCAGCCAAGAAAUGGACCUUUUGGUGAUUAUGUGCCAAAAAGUAGAUCAUGGAAAAGGUAAAAUUUUGUAUACUUGAUAUUUUUGUUCUAGUUAUCUAUGGAGUUUAGGGUACUUUUGAAAUAUAUUUCCUUUGCUGUGUGAAGAUGCUGUUAUUUUAAUGAAAAAACCCAUGGUAUUGCAUGCAAGCAAAAAAGAAAAAAGAAAUAGUGUUCUUGACAAAUACCUGAAGACUUUCAUAUUAGUUUUCUGAAGUUAAUUAAAGCAUCAGAUCAGUAUAUUGCAGAUAAGCAUUUCUUGCAGAAUAUUAAAGAAAAUACACAGAAUUAAGUAAAGAGGUAACAUAUCUUCAAAUUGCAUAAAACUUCUAACAUAUUGUCUUAACAGUCACUAUAUUACUAUCAUUCCUUGUUACAUUUAUGUUUUAUUUGUAUGCUUGCAUUGAAGAAUUGUAAUAUAUGUCAUCAGUCUUUCAGUACAUCUAGACAUUUAAGAACUUUUUCCUGUAUAUCUUUGAAAACAAACUUCUUCACAGAAUGUGCAAACUGUGAAUCUCAUAAAUUCUGUCGAAACCCAUUGACAUUCAGUACCACAAACUUAAGUCAUUUAUGUACCUGAAAAUAUUACUGAGUAUUAUUUGGUGCUACAGGUUGUAAUUCAAACAACAACUGUUUAUCUUAGAUUAUCACUUUAAGUUAUUGUUAUUGUUUAACUUGACAAAAGUCAAAUACUAUACUACAAAGUAGUAGUGAUAUCAGAAUGUAAAAUGAAGAAAUGUCCUACUUGUAUGUUCAGGCAUUAGGGAAAGCAAGGUCAUUUAGUGCUUUAGUGAUCAAGUGCUAAUUAUAAAGUUACAAUUAUGUACUGUUUGUUAUUCAGAGGAAUUGUGUACCUCAUUUUGAUCACAUUUUUACUUGUAAAUGUACUUUCCCAAAGUGAUAUUAAUGGUUACAAGUAAGUGUCACAUGCCUCUUUACACUUUGUCAUACUAACCUAAAUGCACAUGGAUCACUGAUUUUAUGGAUACUGAAAAGUAAGAUUUAUCUAUCAAUAAUUACUUGUGAUGCUUGAAUAUAUGUAAAUGGAUUUUUGCACAUGAUUUUCACUAUUUAUUAAUUCUUUCCAUUUCUGGAUGUUCACUUUAGCUUACAACCGUCCACAAAUAGAAAGUGUAUAUAUGUCUUUUAGCACAUCAGAUACUUGUACUAUGGUCACAAGGUACAGUAUUAUUAAUCUCCCUUACAAGCUGCAAAAAAAUUCUGUUCUACUUUAUUGCUCUAUUUCUUUGCUGUAUAAUAUUCUGCUGUGACGUUGGAAAUGAAGUACGUAUGCUGUUUAGUCUUUCACAUUUGCUUUUAAAGCAAAAAAUUAAUGAAACUAGAAAAUAUAUUCUUAUGAUGUUUAGAAUGGAUGUUAUUCACAAAUUCAGUUUAAAAACAUUAUUCUUGUGGUGUUAAUUUAAAUGUUAUCUAAAAAAAAUUCCAAUGGAAAAGAUAAUGAAGUUCAAAUAGGACCAUUAGCACAAACCUAAUUUGUCAGUGGAGGACUGAAUGCAGCCAGGAUAAUGAGCUUGAGAACAAGUAUUAAUAUUUGAUUCAUAAAGAAAAAAUGUAAUUGAUAACAUUCCUUCAUGCAGUUGAGUGACUUGUGUACUACUUACACUUAUGCAAUAUAUCAGUUUCAAGUAAUAUUGAAAUACUGGAUACACACUACAUUUUUUGGGAAUGUUUUAAUUUUGUGUUCAUGCAAAUUUAUUCCCUCCCUUGUAAUAUUGCAUGUCAAUAUACUCAUAUUGCUAUCUGGUGGUAUUGCAAUAUUUUUUUUAAUGCCAACAAACAGGUAUACUUUUACAUGUUACUGGACUAUGGUAUUUACUAUAUAUAAUUAUUAUUGUAUGUUACAGGAAGAGCAUAUGAACUGUAUAUUGUAUUUUAAAUGUAAACAGAAAAUCAGGAACUGCAUCACCCCAAACUGCUUUUAUAAUUUCAAAAAUUAUUAACAACUAAUUGAUGUAAAAUGUAAUUUUGUAGACCUACCAAUUCAGUAUUAAACCUAUUGACUUCCAA